AGUCUGUUUCGUUUUCACUUGUGUUGUAGCUGUUUGUGAGAAAUCAAUCUAGACAAAUACCAAGAUACAUUUUGAACAAAGUUUAGUGAAGUAAAAUGCCAGGGAAGUGCUCUUUGGAGCAGGGUGGUAGAACCGGGACUCAGGUGAUUACAGUCCUAUGCUGCACUAGUGCUCACUGUGACUGUCUUCCUCUGACAAUUAUCUGAAGUAGAUGUCAAGCUCCUCACAAUGACACUCAAGAUAACCAUGCCAGGAGAACGAAGUGGGUCUACAUUCUCUCAGCUGAGACUCUGUCUUUGUUUCCUGAUGUAUUGCUGGGUUCUUGCUGAUCCAGUAUGUGGGUACUUCCUGAAAAACUGCACAAUCCGGGGUAAUCUCAGUGACAACUUUAACAUGAAAGUACUCUGUUAUAACAGGAAUAUUGAAGUCAUGCCUAUAAAUAUUCCUUGUAAAGUAAGUGUUUUAGAUGUGGCCAUGAAUAAUAUUUCCAAAAUCAGAAGGUUGGAUUUUAAAGGACUGUCAAACCUCAAAAUUCUAAACAUGUCCAGAAACCAGAUCUCUCAAGUGGACAAUGACGCUCUUUUACCCCUAAAGGCGCUUCGAGAGUUGAAUCUGGCUCAUAACAGACUCACAACCCUGUCAGACCAUUUGUUUCAGGGCCUAGACAACCUCUCCCUGCUACAUCUGGACAACAACCUCAUUGCAACCAUCAGCUCCUCAUCAUUUCAGCCUCUCUCCAGUUUGAAGACAGUGAAUUUAACCAAGAACAACCUUCAUAAUAUGAAGGAAGUUCAGCCCAUCGUACAAUUACCACACUUACAGGAGUUGUACAUUGGGAGCAACAGGUUCACCUCUUUCCAAUCACAAGAAAUAUCAAACAUGUCUAUAGAGCUGAGGCUGUUGGAUUUAUCCCGGAAUCCAUUGGGAGUCUUCAGGAUCACGACAGAUGUUCUUCCUUACCUUGAGGUGUUAGACAUCGCCUACUGUGGCCAACUUGGACACAUGGAAUGGGAUGUCCUGGACAGGUCUUUUCUGAGAAACGUCAAAAGUCUCAACCUGAGCGGGAUUGAGAUGUCUUUGGAGAGGAUGGGUAUGGUGCUGCAGACAGUCAACUCCUCAUUAGUCCAUCUGAGACUGUAUGACAUUAGUGAAGAGAGGGUCAAGGCUCUCAUUGAUUUUGCCUGCAAUAUACCCACACUUAGCUUGCUCCGACUGCAUCAUAACAACAUAAGUGCUUUGUCUGAGGAAUUUCUGCAGUCAUGUAAACAAGUCACCGAAGUGGACUUAGAAAAUAAUAAUAUUAUUCAGCUGUCAGAGGUAUCAUUCAGAUCAAUGGAGCAACUAAGUACCUUGAGACUGGGCCACAACAGGCUUUCUUCCGUACCAGAUGCCACAAGAAAUAUAUCCACACUAAUGCUCCUGGAUCUCAGCUUCAAUAUCAUCCAUAAACUGGGCUGCUCAGAUUUCUCCAAUCUUACAGGACUCACACAACUCUUUCUUUUCCACAAUCAAAUCUCCAACCUACCAGGAUGUGUAUUCCAGGAUUUGAAAGACUUAAGGAUCCUUAAACUGGGAUCAAACAAAAUCCUGACCUUGAAUGAUGACUUCAUGAGUGGUUUGCACAAACUAGAAUUUUUGUCGAUGUCAUACAAUAAGCUGAGCUCAAUCUCUAAAGGAGACUUUAAAGGCUUAGCAUCACUCAAGACCCUGCUUUUAUUUGACAAUCAGAUUGCUAGUCUUGAAGAUGGAGCCUUUGAGGGAUUGGUGAAUCUUACAGAACUUAGACUCCAGUCAAAUAAGAUCACUCAAAUAGACAUAAGAAAUACUGUGCUCAUGGGACUUCCACACUUAAGAACUCUUGAUAUAUCCUGUAAUUACAUCACAUAUGUAAAUGAUGAUAAAUUAGACCCUCCACCCCUCUCUCAUCUGACAUCUCUGGAGAACCUUUUGAUAUUUAGUCAGCGUCACAAGGGACUGUGUCAUCUACCAAUCAACUUUCUUGAAGGUCUGACAUCUUUAUUGUCAUUCCAGGCAGGGAGUCUUAACAUUAAGGACCUGCACCCAGACACAUUCAUUCACACACCCCAGUUGUGGUUCCUUGAUAUGAGUAAGAAUGAGUUCACAGCCCUCACUCCAAAGCUGUUUCACCCAACCCCAAGUCUCAACAGACUUUAUCUGCCCAAAGCCCGACUUCAGUCCUUAGAUUUCCUAAAAGGAGCAAACCUCAGUAGAGUCACUUUCUUGCAGGUGAGAAAGAAUGACAUAACAGCAGUCAAUGAGACAGUGUUGCAAUCUCUCCCUGCCUUGACAUACCUGGACAUGCAAGAUAAUCCUUUCACCUGUGGCUGCAGCGAUGCUUGGUUUGUCCAGUGGAUGGAGAGCAACAACCAAACACAAGUUGUUGGUGCAGGAGAAUUUACCUGCAACUAUCCUGUCGAUCUAAAGGACACUAAGUUGUUGGAUGUUGAGCUUCAGUUCUGUACAGUGGACUUAGGACUUUACUACUACAUCUCUACCACUUGUCUGGUCCUCCUCACCCUGAUAGCAUCCUUUGCCUACCACUUCCUGAAAUGGGAGGUAAUUUACGGCUAUUACCUCUUCCUGGCUUUCCUCUAUGACACCAAGCAAAGGAAUAAGCACAAGCCUCAUGGCUGUCAGUACGAUGCCUUCAUUUCCUACAACGCCCACGAUGAGCCCUGGGUCCUGAGGGAGCUUCUGCCAGAGCUGGAGGGAGAACAGGGUUGGAAGCUGUGUCUCCACCACCGGGACUUCCAGCCAGGCAAACCAAUCAUAGACAACAUUAUGGACGGCAUCUACGGAAGCCGCAAGACCAUCUGUGUCAUCAGCCACCGCUACCUGGAGAGUGAGUGGUGCUCCCGGGAGAUCCAGGUGGCCAGCUUCCGGCUCUUUGAUGAGCAGAAGGACGUCCUGAUUCUGGUGUUCCUGGAGGAGAUCCCUACCCACCAGCUGUCACCCUACCACCGGAUGAGGAAGCUAGUGAAGAAACGCACAUACCUGAGCUGGCCCAGAGUUGGGGAGCACACCGCGGUCUUCUGGCAGCAACUACGGCUGGCUUUAGAGACCAAGGAUGGCCCUGCUGAAGAAAAUCCCAUCCUCUCUGGG